GGAGCGCGUGAGCGGCGGUUGCUGUGACUUCCUCGCUCAUCGGGCAGCUACAUUGUGCGGAGAGAGAGAGAGAGCAGCACGUUGUUGGGCUCCCUGCUAAAAAAAACACAACGCUGAACUUUUACACCGAAUUAACGCUAUUAUUAAGGAGGAGGGAAACAAGAGUCGGAAGCCACCACGCUUUAUUAUUCUCUCUCUUAGACAUCUUAAUAAGUUAAACCCUCCAGCUUUGCAAAAAACAUGUCGGCCUCGGCGGCAAAAGUGAGUAAAAAGGAGCUCAACUCGAACCAUGACGGAGCGGACGAAACCUCCGAGAAAGAGCAGCAAGAAGCUAUUGAACACAUUGACGAAGUUCAGAAUGAAAUUGACAGGUUGAACGAGCAAGCCAGUGAGGAGAUCCUCAAAGUAGAACAGAAAUACAACAAACUCCGUCAGCCAUUCUUUCAGAAGAGGUCAGAAUUGAUCGCCAAAAUCCCCAACUUCUGGGUCACCACGUUUGUCAACCAUCCACAAGUAUCUGCCCUACUGGGGGAGGAAGAUGAAGAAGCACUUCAUUACCUGAGCCGGGUGGAGGUGACAGAGUUUGAAGACAUCAAGUCAGGCUACAGAAUAGAUUUUUAUUUCGAUGAAAAUCCGUACUUCGAAAACAAAGUACUUUCCAAAGAAUUCCAUCUGAACGAGAGCGGAGACCCAUCUUCAAAGUCAACAGAAAUCAAAUGGAAAUCAGGAAAGGACCUGACCAAGCGCUCCAGCCAGACACAGAACAAAGCAGGAAGGAAGAGGCAACAUGAAGAGCCAGAGAGCUUCUUCACUUGGUUCACCGAUCACGCCGAUGCCGGCGCUGAUGAGCUUGGGGAGGUCAUCAAGGAUGACAUCUGGCCCAACCCCCUGCAAUACUACCUGGUUCCUGACAUGGAUGAUGAAGAGGGUGAAGGCGAGGAUGACGAAGAGGACGAGGAGGGUCUGGAAGACAUAGACGAGGAGGGUGAUGAAGACGGAGAGGAAGAUGAAGAGGAUGAUGGAGAAGAUGGAGAGGAUGACGAGGGAGAAGACGACUAAGGCAAAACAUCACCUACCCAGACCCUCAACCUUCUUUUCCCUAUUUUGUUUUUCCACUCAUGUUCGGGAGCAAAGGUUUUACUUUUUUUUUUAAACUUUUUUUUUUUUUUUUUAAAUCCGUGUGUGCUUCUUUUUACAUUCUGAAGCCUCUUCACCUGUUGGUGCCAUGUUAUGUUCUCCUUUGACUCAUCUAAGGCCAAUGGCACUUUGCCCUGAAUUGUGAGUACCAUCCCCCAAAGUCAUCUCAAAAAAAUAAUAAUAAAAAAAGUAUAAAAAUAGAAUCAGCACGGCAUCCUGAGUAGAAUUUGAAGACAAUUCACACAUAUUUCCUCCUGUUAAAGGUUGUGUGGUAAAUUGACUAAAGCCAUGGUGUAGUGACCUAGCUCUAGCAGACCUCUGUAUUUUUUUCACCAUAAUUUUUUUUUUUUUUUUCAGUUGGGGUGUUGAUCCCAUGAAAAACUGUUAUUUUUCCCCUAUGUGGUUAACAAGUACCAGCUCAUUCCUUUUGACUUGUAAUGUUUAGG